UUUUAUUAGAAGAUUUUGAACUCUCUCUCAAAAUUUGAAUAAACAAACGAGUCCGCAAUCACCAUUUGUUGUCAACUUUAACCUUGUCAUCAGUGAAGAAGAAAAUCUGAAAUCAUCUCGAGAAUCCUUGAUCCGGACGAACUCUGAUUUGUCUGCACAACCCACGAUGUAUUUUCCAGCCAUGUUUGUACGCGGGAACAGAUUUUUCAAGCAGUCUAGGAACACAAGAAGUGCUCAAUUCCCAGUUCUGUUUACAUUUCUGAUUCUGAUUGUGUUUGCACUGGUUCUUCUAUUCGGGAAAAAUGGCGAUAAAUCCACUUUUGUGGCCGAUCCCUUGAACCAAAAAUGGGAUAGCUACGACUCUAUUGUCCGAUUAAAUCCAAAGGUAGAACUCAGGAAUGGGACUGAUUUUGUGUGGCAAAUACCCGAUUCGCCUAAGGCCGUUCUCUUCUUGGCUCAUGGCUGUAGUGGUAAAGCCGUUAACUUUUGGGAUAAAUCCCCUAAUUGCCCUAACUGCAUUGGUUUACCUGAAGAAAGGCUUAUUGUUCUUCAUGCACUGGCCAGAAAAUUUGCUGUGCUUGCUGUGUCGAGUAAAGAAAUAUGCUGGUCGCUUGGAGAUGAAAGGUUGAUCGUUAAGGAUAUAAUCAGGUGGUGGACUGCAAAACAAAAGCUCGAUAAACUGCCUUUAUUUGCAUUGGGUGCUUCCUCUGGUGGAUACUUUGUGUCUGUUCUUGCUAAUGAGAUGAAGUUCAAAAGUAUUGCUUUAAUGAUUGCUGAAGGGGUUUACAGUCAUUUGGAGAUAACAAAAGAUUACCCGUCCACACUUUUCGUGCACAUGCCGAAAGAUGGGACUAGGAAAUGGAAGAUAGAAAAGUAUUUAGCGGUUAUGAGGGAAAAAGGGAUUGAUGUUGCCGAAGUUAAGUGCUCGGAAUUCCCCUUGAUGCCUCAUUUCUUUGCUAACAGAAUUCCAGGUGUCGAUUUCGCCUUGUCUGAGAAGUUGUUUGGUGUUUUUAAGGAAAAAGGGUUUCUUGACGAGAACGGCUACCUGAGGGAUGACGGGCGUGCGAUACCGUGGAGAACGGCCAUUGAGGAGAGAAAUAUUAUUCUUCCGGAUAAAUCUCUGGUCAAUCAUAUUCAAGAGGAAAUGAAUCUUGCUUUUGCAUAUCAUGAGAUGACGAGCGUGCCAUCCGAGCAUAUCUUUUACUGGUUUGAGUCUCAUAUGAACUGACGAGAAGUUUGACUGUUUAGGAUUUUUUCCAUUUCCUUUUUCAUUUGAAGGAGAUUUCGAUUUCGAUGAACUGAAACCACAAAGCCUCGAAUAAGGAAUAGUUAACUGUGGAGAGCAGAAGUGCAGCCAGUUCUUGAAUGAAGUAUGUAGAAGUUGUGUUUGUUAAAAUUGAAAAUGGUCUUUAUAUAGACUGGCGUUCUCUCGAGACAGGUCUCUUCUAUCUGACCCUAUUGUUUACUACAGUUGGGGAAGUAAUUAAAUUAGUGAUCAACACACCUGUUUGGCCUGAAAAUUAGCAACUCUUCCGAUUGGCACAAUUUGUUUCCCGUUGUUCAUGUUUUUCAGUUGAAUUGUAACCCGCAUUUUCUGUAUCUACGAGUCACUCUUUGCUCUUUGGACCACGGCAUGAUGGUAAUUGGAGUAGUCAGGUGUAUGUUCAUGCAUUAGUUAUUUUAAAAACUGUUAUGAUGAUUACGAAAUUGCUAAGUAUUUUGAAUUGAUUUGUCUUAACUGUGACUUUAUUUAACAGCAGUUUUAGAAUGUUCACUUCCUUGUUCGAUUUUAUGCAUUAAUAAUGAUAUAUGGUUGAGGUACCUAUUUCAUUUGAGUCGAACUCUUGAAUAUACCAGUUCAUUUCCAGUUUUCUAAUGUAAGAAGUGCCCUUAGAAAUACUGCCACGCUCGGAUAUUGUAUAUCAGAAAUGAUAUUUGCUAAUUGGAUGAGAAAAUACAAGCAAUUUGAUGUUAGGAAAAAUUAAGGUGUUAUUAUUGACUCACUUGUCAUUUGUCUCCUUACUCUUUCUGGUGAGAAUUGUGGGAAGAAAAUGAAGCCUAUACGGAGAAUUUGAUUGAAUUUAAGAUGUAACUUUUUUAUAUUGAUUAACUUAUUUAGUGGUUGGUUAUGUAUUUAUGUUCGUAAUGUUAUUUUAGUUUAAAUAAAAUUUUUUGACACUAUUGAUGAUCGAAAAUAUGAAAAUGAGUGAGUAGUGUAUCGAUAAUUUCCCUAGCAAUUGCAUGUUGUGGAUAAAGAGAUCUUGAGAGGAAAUUACUCAAAAAUCUUUUGUCAAUCCAGCACAGUCUCACUAUAUUUCGAUGUUAUACUUUUCGCAUCCAUGAAGACGAUUGUGCCAUUUGCCUAUGGACAAACAUAGAAGUAUGUCUACGGUUGAUAAGAUGUUAGGAGUUUG